UGACAGUUCUGAGAGACUACUGAGUUUGCAAAAAAACUGAACCGAGCAAGCGGGACCGCGCGCAGGGUUUAAGUAGCGUAAAUUUGGGCACAUGCGCGUUUUUGGACAGUCCGUAGAUUAGAUUAUUCCUCUAAACUUGGUGGGAAACUUUGUUUUUGGGACUCGCUGGGGGACCAGUCUCCUACAUCCUCGCAGAAGCGGUUAAUCUCGUGGACAGGAGCAAUCCAGUAACUGACUGACAGGUGAACUAGAGGGAAACAGACACGCCUGAAGUCUCUCUUUCUGCUGUCAGAAACACCUGAGAGACAGACAGACAGACAGACAGACAGAGAUGUACACAGCGCUUCUGCUCUCCUCCUCUCUGUUUCUCCUGCAUGUGACCUGCACACCUCAGACUCACAGUCAUCACGGGAGGAGAGUGUGUGUUGGUGAUGUCUGGAGUCGUCGUGUGUCUUACAGCACAGAGUCUUUUCUUCAGCCUGUACACAAACCCUACAUCACCAUGUGCCAAAACCACCGCAUGUGCAGCACGUACAAGACCAUCUACAGGGUUUCUUAUAGGCAGGUGAGCAGAGCAGCUCCUAAUCUUCACAUUUACCCAGAAUGCUGUCCUGGAUGGAGACGCAUGCAUUCAAACAACUGUAACCAAGCGGUGUGUGAACAGUCUUGUGCAAACGGAGGCUCAUGUGUGAGGCCCAAUCACUGUGCCUGUCUGAGAGGAUGGACAGGACGAUUCUGCCAAAUAGAUGUGGACGAGUGUAAGGAGGCUCAGCACUGCUCUCAGAAGUGUGUGAAUACGCUGGGCAGUUUUCAAUGUGUGUGUGAGGAGGGAUUCAGUCUGGAUGAAGAUAAAGUCACAUGUUCAAAAAAUCCUCCUUCCUCACCGACUGAACAUUCAGACCCAGACCAUCAAUCAACCAGAAACACUGGUGGAGGUUUGGGGUUGGCGGAGAACGUUACUGAAGAAGUUCAGAUCUUAAAAAACCGAGUGGAGCUCCUGGAGCAGAAACUGGAGAUGGUUCUGGCUCCCUUUACCACCCUCCUGCCUCUGGAUGGAGCAGGGGACACUAACAGCUUCUUGUCUGAGCGAACCAACUUCCUGUCCCACUCUCUGCAGCAGCUGGACCGAAUCGAGUCCCUCAGUGAACAGGUCGGCUUUCUGGAGGAGCGAAUCGGAGCCUGUGGCUGUCAGGAAAACUAGACGAUUAACGGCAUCACUGAUCACAGUCUGACCCAUCAAACAUGUUCAUUCCUCUCAAAAACACGAGGGAAACAGUGUCGAAACUCUUUAUAUGGCACAGGAGCCGGUGAUUAUGUUGAUAUUGUUCAUGUAUUCGUGUCAUUUAAUUGUUGUGUAAGUUUGGGUCAGGAGAAAUGUAAAUGUAUGUAUUUAUAAUUCCACGUUCUUUUCGUCAUGAGUUUAGCUUUUGGAUAAAAUUCCUUUUUUACGUCUCAUUUUGUAAUAAAACUGCUUAAAUCUUA